AUGGGAGAAGAGACAGCUGCUUCAAUAAAUGAUGUUGAGAAAACUGGACAGACCUGCUCCCUCUCGCCACCUCCCACCUGCUCUCUAGCCCAUGUUCCCCAGCUCAGGGCCUCAUCACCCCACAGAAAUGGAAAACUCUCAGUGAUGCCUUUCAAGGAGUUUGCCUUGGAUGGAUUUGAUUGUGGCCUGCAGACCCAGGCCUUGCUCUUUGCGCUGUUCCUGGCCCUGUACGUGGUGGCCGUCCUGGGGAACAUCACCAUGACUGUGGUCAUCACCCUGGAUGCCUGUCUGCACACCUCAAUGUACUUCUUCCUCAAGAACCUCCCCUUCCUGGACUUGUGCUACUUGUCUGACAUCUACCCCAAGGCCCUGGCAGACUUACUGUCCUCCUCCAAGGUCAUCACCUUUGCAGGAUGUGCCACCCAGUUUUUUUCCUUCUCCCUGCUGGUCACCACUGAGGGAUUCCUCUUGGGAGUCGUGACCUAUGACCGCUUCAUAGCUGUCUGCAGGCCCCUGCACUACCCCAUCACCCUGUGUCCCUCUGCAUGUGCUGGCUUCGUGCUGGGCUGCUACUCUGGAGGCUGCUUCAACACCACUAUGCAGCCGAUUCUCACAUUCAGCCUCCCGUUCUGCAGGUCCAACCAUGCCGACCACUUCUACUGUGGUAUGCCCCCCCUGCUCAAGCUUGCCUGUGCAGACACAUCCAUCAAUAGGCUGUUCAUGUUUUCCAUCUCUGGCCUCAUGAUUGUGGCCACCACAAUCAUGGUCCUCAUAUUCUAUGGCUACAUCACAGUAACCAUCCUGAGGAUGCGCUCUGGAGCAGGGAGACACAAGCUCUUCUCCAACUGUGGCUCCCACAUGACAGCCGUGUCCCUCUUUUAUGGGACACUUUUUGUCAUGUAUGCCCAGCCAGGAGCUGUGGAGUCCAUGGAGCAGGGCAGGGUGGUCUCUGUCUUCUACACCCUGGUCAUCCCGAUGCUCAACCCCCUCAUCUACAGUCUGAGAAACAAGGAUGUGAAGGAUGCCCUGUGGAGACUGGGCCAGAAGCACACAGCCACGUGA